CCAAUCCUUUGGUGAGACCAUGUUCAUCAAUAUCAUUACGUCAACAAAUUUGUUGGUUUAAGAAUCGGACUCAACUGACCAAAGGUUUUCAUUCAAGAUUAAUUAUUCAAUUGAUUCACUUCAAUUUAAUUUUAUUCAACAAUUAAAACUUUCUUUUAUAUCUGUUGACAAAUAAAAACAAUUACCAAAUAUUAAAUGUGACCAAAUGCUAAUUAAUGAUAAUAACAUCGGAAUCAAUUUCUCACCACAGUAUUAGUAUUUUACUCCAAUAUUUAUAUUAUUAAUAUAUUGAAUCAAAUCAUUAACCAUUGGUGAACUAAGUGAUAAUCAACUGAAUCAAUUCAACGUUAUUUCAUGAAUAGACUUUAAUAAAUAUCAACGAAAUUAGUUGGAGACAAUGUUUCCACAGAGACAAUCAAUUCUUACCGUCGUUUAUUUGAUCAUUUUCACCCUGUCAACUACCUCAGGUCAAUCACCAUCAUCUUCGUCUUCUCUUCCGUGUUCGGAUGAAGGUUUUUUCACUAAUCCACAGGACUGUUCGUCCUUUUAUCGGUGUGUGGACCAAGGGGGUACUGGCGAUUAUGCUGUUUACUCAUUUAGUUGUCCUCAAGGUCUAGUUUUCGAUGAAGAUCUAAGCGUUUGUAAUUGGCCUUAUGCGGUCAAAAAUGGGUGUAAACCAGGCGAAUCCCCACCAUCUUCAUCAGCUCGAACAGGGCGAAAUAAAAUGGACGAUAAUGAGAAUGGAAUAGGACAAACUGGAAGUGUCCCAGGCAAGAGGAAGUCAAAACGCCCUCAGUGUACAGGCGAUGGCUUUUUCCGUGAUCCUAACAACUGUAAAAAGUUUUAUCGAUGUGUACCUGAUGAUAGCGGAGGUUUUACUCAGUAUAAGUUUGUUUGUCCUGGUGGAUUAGCUUUUGACGAAUCAACAUCGGUUUGUAAUUGGCCAAAUCAAGUUCCUGGUUGUGGGGGACAAGAACAACCACCAAUAUCUGAUCAGCCUCAACCUCCUCCUUCAUCAUCUAGCGAUGACUCUGAAGAGAGAGAGGGAGAGCCAAACAAUAGCAACGAUGGCGAAGCUCAACCAACCCCACAAAAACCUUCUCCUUAUCCUCCAUCACCUGGAAAACGUCGCCCAACAUCUCGGGUAACAACGACCACAAGCAAACCCAAAGUUCAACCAAAAGCUAAACCAUCUCCUCCUCGGCGUCAAAGACCAUCAACCACCACAACUACUUUGGCACCAGAAGAUGAAAAGAGUGGCACGGACCAGGAACAAGAAGAGCCCGUUGAAUCAAAGAAACAAGAUAAGCCAAGUAAACCCUCGCCUAAACAGACUCCCUCUCCAUCGAAAGGAGGUAAACCAACUACCAAAGCCCCUGCAACAAAAGCUAAAGAUAAACAGUCAACAACGACAACGAAACCUCUGUCAAAAGGAACUAGACCCAGUAAGAAACCCGAAAAUAAAGCGACUACAUCUUCGUCUGGUGCUAAACAGCCACCGACGACUACGAAAAAACCUCCAAUCAAAGAGAAACCAACUACGAAACCUACUACAACAUCUCCCAGUACAACCACAUCGACUACAACAAUGCCGACAACAGUUUCUAGUGAAGGAACAACAUCAUCAUCACCCGAAUCAACACCAAGUACGACUAAAAAGACCCCAGAAAAGGGACAACGACCAACGAAGAAACCAGAAAGUAAAAUGACCGAAAAACCUUCGGAUAGCAAAAAACCUACAACCAAGAAACCAGAAAGUACAACAACAAAUAAACCAGAAUCUACGACGGAAAAACCUUCAACUACUACGAGAGAAUCGGUUUCAGAAACACCAGUUAGUCAAAGUACUCAAGAAACGUCAGAAUCGAGCGAAAUGACAACGACAACAUCCAGUAAACCAACUUUGGCUGAAUCGCCUUCCCCAAGUUCGACUCCAUCUACAACAUCAGCUCAACAAGAAACUGAAGGUUCGAGUUCAGAACCAAGUUCUGAGUCUCCUACAACCAAGGCUGAAAGUACCACAUCUAAACCAACAUCCACAACGGAGCAAAAGACAACAAACACCGAGUCACAAUCAACACCAUCGUCGAUGAUGACAGAGAGUCAACAAGAAGAAAAAUCAACGACGCCAAAUAGUCAAGAGAAAGAAGAAGAUAAACCAGAGGAAAAGGAGGACGAGCAAAAGAAAGAUAAAGAUGAUAAGAAAGAAGAUGAGGAAGAGGAAAAAUCUGACGAUAAAAAGAAAGAAGACGAACAAAAGGAAGAAAAAGAAGAAAAAGAAGAAAAGAAAGAAGAGCCAGAUGAUAAGAAGGAAGAUGAUAAGUUGGGUGAAGAUCAAAAGAAGGAACCAGAAAGUGAGCAGCAAACGGAAGAGCCCAAGGCUACAACACCGACAGAGCAGUCGACAAAAUCUGAUGUUUCAUCAACGACAGAAUCAACGAGUGAAUCAACAAAGACCAUGUCAACGACAGAAUCUGGUCAAAAACCUGAUGAGAGCGAUGACAAGGACGAAGAGGAUAAAAAGGACGAGAAGGAUGAAGACGGUGAACAGAAAGAAAUGACAAGCACGACAAAAGGACAAGGAGCUAAAUCGACGACGAAAAAAGCAUCUCAACCUUCAUCAACGACAACAAUGCCUCCCGAAGAUGAAGGUCAAAGCACUGAAGGAUCGGAGAAACCAAUGGUGACUGGGAAGCCAACAGCGACCACUGAGAUGCCAUCAACCACAAUAUCGUCUUCAACGACUUCAGAAUCCCCUGAAUCUCCUGAUAAAGUAAACGAGUGCGAAGCACCAAAUACUAAAAGGCCGUUCCAAUGUACUAAUGUUGGAUUUUUCCGAGACUCGAAAGAUUGUAACAAAUUCCAUAGGUGUACAGCUUCAGAGGGUAAAUCUGGUUUAACCAAAUACUCAUUCAAAUGUCCUGAUGAAUUAGUUUUCGACGAAUCAUUAUCGACCUGUGUUCCAUCAGAUCAAGCAAAUCCACCAUGUGACGAUAAGAAUAAGGAAUCAGAUGGAAAUGAACAAAUGCCCGAUAAUCAAGAGAAAUCGGAAGACGAAGAGGACGAAGAGAAACCUGAAGUAGAUGUCCCUCCAUCGGUAACAACUGAAAGAGGAGCGAAGGACAAGAAACCUCCAAGUAAACCGAAACCAUCGAAAAAUCAAAAAGAACCAAAACCAAAGAGUAACAACCAAGAGCCUGAAAAGAAACCGGAAGAUCAAUUAGCUGAUGAACCGGAAGACGGUGAAAGUGGUGACAAGGGUGAAAUACAGAAAAAAGGAGGAGUACCAAACCCACCGGUUGAUGAAUCUCAGCCUCCAGAAGAUGAAGGAUCGUCAGUUGGAUCUCCGUCGCCCAAAUUGUCAGAAUCAUCUCAAGGUAGCUGUAAGAAGGAAGGAUUUUAUCGAAAUCCAGAAAACUGUCACAAGUUCUAUCGAUGUGUGAACUUUGGUAGCUUCAUGCAGAAAUUUGACUUCGAUUGUCCUGGCGGGUUGGUAUUCGAUGAACGAAUUUCCGUCUGUAAUUGGCCUUACGCUGCUCCUCCUUGUGACAAAGAAUCAGCCGACGAACCUGCACCAGCCUCGGGUGCCGAUCAACCAAAAGAAAGUGACCAACAAGAAAGUCCAUCAGAUGACGGGAUCUCUCCUCGAGAUCAAUCAGCUUCGUCCAAUAAAUUGAGAUCCAACCCCGAAGACGAACCAAGUAUUUACAAUUGUGAGAUCGAAGGAGCGAUCCAAUUUGAAAUCGAUUGUGACAAAUUCUAUCUCUGCGAAACUUCAUCCACAGGCAAUUUAAUCGGUUCGCUUGUACAAUGUCCACCUAAUCACAAUUUCGAUUCGAUUGCUCAAGCUUGUAUUCCACAAUCAAGUUCAUUCAAUUGUUCGCGUCCACAAUUGAAUCCAUUGCUUUUCAAUACUCCAAAUGUUUCCAAGUUAAUCAAAUCAGCUCCGGUUGAUUAUGUUCGUAAUUGGAUCCCAAUUGAAGAUGAUCAAGAUUCUGAUGAAUAGUGAAUAAUAUUAACUAAAUUAAUUAUCAACCCGAAUUAACACUAACAAGUCCAACAAGAAGAAAAGAUUCAGUCAAAUUUGAUUGAUCUAAUUUCCAAUUUAAAAUACUCUUCAUUAAAAGUGCAAUCAGAUCUAAAUUGUUUUCUUUUUAGGAUAAAAAUUGUAACUAGUUUUUUAAACAAUCAACUAUUAAUCAAUUUACUAACCUGCCAAUUUCUAUUAAUUAUGUAAAGAAAAAAGUAAUUGGUUGUUAAUCAAUUUAAAAGAUUAAAUUUCCUUUCACAAUUAAUCAUUUUUCUAAUUGCGAUUGUUGACCAACUAUUAACCCUCAUCAUUUGUAUUGUGCCUACACAAUCACACGAUUAUUAUAGCAAUUAAAAUGUGAAUUUUUUAUAUAAUUUAGAAG